AUGUCUUCCUCAUCGAAGGACAGGCUUCUCCCGUCCAUUCAGGCGCUGUUGUACAGUUGUGCCAGGGCCACCAUCCUAGCUUCCGAGAUACAGUUCGAGGAGGAUUUAAGCACGUCGCAGGAUCAAGCGCUCGCUGUCCUUAUCAACUUAGAUCUUGAGAUAAAACGUUCACUUCGGUACAUUCUACAGCGGAUAACGCUGCCGAUUCCCCUCUUUACCUCUGUCCUUCUUGGUUCAACCUGGGCGCUCGACUUGUUUGAGCGGCGGUUGCGAUUGUACCGACUCUCCCGCCACGGCAGACAGUAUGUUUGUAACUCGUGGACCCGACUUAUUGAGAUGUUACAACAAUACACUAUGAACCUUCAACAACUGACCAGCACUUCGGCUCUGGAUGCUCCCGACGCCAUUUCCGAUGCUUCUUCCCUCCAAAGACUAUUCAACAGCCAAAAUGAUGAUGUACAACAGGAGCUGGAGGCCCAGAUUCGAUACGAAGGGCAGCCCUGGGAUGUUUCCCCUGAUACACCAGACUAUCUAGACGUACAACAAGAGUAUCCGCCAUCCACCUAUGCUACCCCGCCAAGCAGUAUCACGGAUGGGGAUAGCUACGACGACCUUCCGGCCAUUCCCGGACCUCCUCCCCAGGCUCCUAGUCUCCUAUCCAAGGAGCAACACCAUCAAGCUGCUAUAGACCAUGGUCGGGAGAGGGAGCGUGCAACGAUCUACGAAACGCUGAAAAGGGUCUGGCUACCCGAGGGUACAUCGUCAGAAAAGCAGCGAUCCAGCUACCUGAUGGGGGCAAUAAAGUUGGACUCUGUUGACGGCGUCAACCUUCUUCUUGAUCUAGGCGCAGAUGUGAAUCAACAAUGUGAGAACAAUUUGCCGUUGUGUCUGGCAGCCAAACUUGGACAUGACAGGAUAGUGGAAACCCUCUUAGAACGAGGAGCGGAGAUUGAUAAGCUAAGUGCGUACGGCAGCACCGCGCUGUUGUCUGCGGCUGGAACUGGCCGUGUCUCUACCAUCGCCCUUCUCCUGGACAGGAAAGCAAACACGGAAGCCAGAAGUACGUCUACUUUUUAUCUAGGAUAUACACCGUUAAUGAGGGCGGUGAAAUCCGGCCGCAUGGAUGCGGUUCGAGUGCUUGUCGAGCGGGGUGCGAAUGUCGCGACCCAGAAUGACGCAGGGGAGUCCUUAUUGCACAUUGCUAUGCGAGAUGGCCGUAAAGAGAUCAUCGAGCAGGUGCUUAGGCUGCAGCCUCGUAUCGGGGUUGCAGACGAGAAUGGUAAUACGGAGUUGCAUGUCGCCGCCACACAGGGCCUUGUUGACGUAUGCAGGCAACUCGUGGGACAGAUGAAGAGCCUCAUGCUGACAGGAAACCGUAACAAGGAGACGCCACUACAUUGUGCAGUUAAUGCGAGAAGAUGCGAAUUAGUUAAGCUGUUUCUCAGUGAAGGAGCGAUUGUUGAGUGGCCAGACAAAAAUGAGAAGACUCCAUUGCAUCUCGCCGUGAAAACGGGGUGCCAGGAAAUCGUGCAACUGCUUCUCAAUGCCAUUGCGUCCCCGUGUAGGAAAGACCAGGACGGAAAGACUCCAAUCCACUAUGCCGUCGACCUGUCCAGUAAAGACCUUCUCCAGCUCCUAGCGGAAAAGAUGCCUUCCGUGGAUGCUAAAUAUGGGAACAAACAACCGCCCCUCCACUACGCUGUGAAGUCCCUGAAUGUUGAGAUUGUGUGUCUGUUACUAUCGCAUAAGGCAACAGCUAAUUGUAAGGACAGGGCUGGUAAGGUGCCGCUCGAAUAUAUUAUGGAACUGCCCCAGUCCGACGAGGAGACAGCGAUCCGUCUCAUCCGGGAGUUCCUACGCGCACAUGAAAAGGGACAAACGCUCACAAGCACAUGUGGAUUUCCUGCACUAUCCCAGGCUGCAAGACACAAUAGAGUACAACUCAUUGAAGAGUUUUGCAAGCACGAUCCAUAUCUCGCCAACGAAAGGCCAGCUGCCGACUCGGGUUUCGAACCCCCCUUGCACGAGGCGAUCAAGGGGGGACACAGGAAAUCCGUGGACAAGCUCUGCGAGUUCCCAGACACAGACAAGGAUAUUGUUGACAGUAAAGGGAAUACGCCACUCCACCAAGCCAUAAAAAAUUGGCAAGAUGGGUUGCUGGCCAUGUUAAUACACUGCGGAGCAGACAAGGACCGUCCCCAUAAGGCAAAUGGUUUGCCGCCGCUACAUUUCGCGGUUCAAUCGCAGAGCCUCAAGAAGGUCCAAGAGCUUCUAAACGCCAAAGCAGAUCCAGAAAAGCGCAUUAAAGGAGAGCAAUGCCAAUGGUGCAAGGACCACAAGAGACCUCCCGGCAUGAAUUCACGAUGUGUCUUGCAGGCGAUCCCCGUUCGAAACCGGGAGCACGAAUACGCCGGGAUUAACCGAGUCCUUACCCAAACCCUCCUAAAGUCGGGCCAUCCUAGACCUACGUCGUCGGAUAGCAGUGUGAAAAAGAGAAAGAGACGUUUGUACACAGCUGGAUCCCGUGCUGACACACCGAUAUAA